AAAACUGUGAGCCCUGCCUGUCGUUAUUUUUUCUUCUCGGUACAGCUUUUGUUGUAGGCAGUCCUCAUUACUCAUGCCUUCCUACAAACCAUUGAACGUCUCUGAUCCUUCAUAUGGCCCGUCUACAAGAAUGCGGCCGAACAGACGGACCAUAAUGUGUUUGUGCAUCUUGACCCUCAUCUUGUUGCUCAUCUUGAGUGCAAAGAUGACACCAUCGGACAAAGAUGAAUACUUGACUACCGUACCUCCUAAAGAAGCUGAAGUUCAUGAACCUGUUGUCUCCAAACCAGAUGAUAUGGCUGAUAUACCAGAGUCAGAGGAUAUAGACGAAAACGAGACCGAUCAAAUGGACGACGAAAUAACCCCACCGCUUCCUCCCUCACCACCGAAGACCUACCCUUCACCUCAUUCUGAUAGCCAUACCAAGGUCCCUACCGUGGAGGAUGAUCUGGAGGAAACCGUGAUCAACACCUCCAACCACUACCAAAUGCUCGUUGUCAUCGCUACUCCAGCAAACUUACUGUCACGACGUAGCUUGAUUCGUCAAAAGUACUUUGGUAUCCACAACAACCUUUUGCCUUGCAUGACGGCCAACAGUGACAUUUACUACCGGUUCUGGGUUUAUGGUGGAACGGAAAACUUGAGUGGCGAUGAACAUCGACGCUAUGAAGCCGAGAGGAUGGAGUAUGGAGAUAUUGUGGAUAUGCCGGAUGUGGAAUCGUUUGACGAAAGCGCUAUCGUUGACUGGGCCGAAAUCGAUCUUGGUCGCAAAGGCAUCUCGUAUGAUUACAUGGUUAUGCAAGACGGUAACACCUUUGUUCACCUUCAAAAUGUCAAGCGUGAACUUUUGGACGGUGUCAUUGGCGAAGGAACUAAUUCGCCUACAACUGUAUCCUCCGAGAUGCCCUAUAACCUUGUCUGGGGUACGUUCGGGGGUGGCUCCGUUGAUAAACAUGCUGUCAUUGUCGGCACUUCUGCUGCAAAGAGCGCGCUUCUCAACAGUAAACAGUAUGAGCAAUCGGAUCUUCCAUUGUUCAGUCGAAUGUUCAAGUACUUUUCAGCACCCGGUAGUCUCGACGGUGAAGCUAGCCCUAUUGGCCCAGAAUUCAUUCAAGAGGAUGGGGAGGGUAACAACAACCGCAUGAACGUUUGGGAGAACAAUAUCGAAUCUGUACACGAUCAAGAUCUGAUUAUUACCGAGGUGUACCAAGAUUCUGAUUUUGAGGAAAUUGCACGAUGGACCUCGCUUAAGCCUUUGCCUGCCUGUUAUCCGGCCAAAUCAUCUUCCAACGCCACCCCCGAAUCUUCUGAAGCUAUUGAUGAUGACGAGGAUGGUGAACAAGACAUCGACCCAGACAUGGAAGAAGAGACAACGUUGACUGAAGAAGUCACCCCUGCUGUCUCCAUCGCUGUCAUUACCUCUUCUUAUAUUUAUCCCGAUGAUUGUAUGCUUCCCAGUGCUCGUCUCUCUGCCGAAAACAAACGUCAAUACGCCCUUAAGCAUGGCUACUCCUUUGUUGCUCGAUCAGCUGAAUUUGCUCAACAAGCUGUCCGUGGAGACCGUAAAGCGGUUUGGGGCAAGAUUGAUGUUAUUGAGAAAGUGUUGCCAAAGUACGACUGGAUCUUCUGGCUCGACAUGGAUGCUGUCAUCAUGAAUCAGGACAACAAGAUUGAGAGUUUGCUGGCUAAAUUCGAAAGCAACUAUGAAGGAGGCAAGGCUGCUUUCGAUAAGGACAUUGACUUUAUUGUGGCCAAACCUCACGGUGACCCUAUGAUCAACGCUGGUGUCUUCUUGUUCCGAAAUACCCCAUGGAGUAUGAAGUAUUUACGUAAAGUGCAGGAAUCCACUGAAUAUUACCAAUUCCACCCCAGCUACGAACAAAUGGCUAUGUGGAAGUUAAUGCAAGAGCCAGAGUUCAAGGCUCGAUCCCUUUUGCUUGACGAUGAUAACCACACCUUCAACACUUUCCCCAACCGGUACCAUGCUGGCGAUUUCGUCGUCCAUUAUGCUCCUGACAAGUGCCCUAAUGAGGCUGUUCUUGCUGGUUUGGAUGCCGCUAGAAGAAUAGAAAAUGGAGAGGUUUUACAGAAGUUGGAGUAAAAUCAUCGUAGUUUUUUUUUCCCCCUCACUUUUUCUUUUGUUCAAGCUUUGCUUUGCUUUUUUUAUUUGAUUCCUCCAACCUUUUGCAUGUCAUCAUCCAUUAUAAGUCAUAUAGUACGCGAUUGCUACUCAUGUUUUUGAUUUCCUAUUGUUAUUGUUUGAUGGAUUUGGAAAGUGUAUGAUCGGAUCACCGGUCAAGCCAAGGCGAGGCGAGGCGAAGCGAGAUCACUA